GCAGGCCUAAUUUUCAAUCCAGCAGUACUUCCUAAAGGAGUUUCAAAUGCUCUAUUUUCAAAGUUAGGCGCAGGAAAUCUUGUUACAGCAGCAACAAUGGGCUACCAGUUGUUUAUGUUUCAAAGUGGAGUAAAAAUGGAUUUGGAGAUGUUAAAAACUGUAGAAGGAAAGGUCUUAUUUGUUGGUGCUUUGUGUGUAUUAUUGCCACUUCUACUUGGUGUGGCAACCUUAACAAUUAUGACAGAGCAAGAGUAUUUAAUCAAUUUCUUUACUGCAACAACGUAUUCUAUGUCUUCAUUUCCUGUAAUAGUUAGCCUUCUCAAUGACCUAAAACUUCUAAACUCAGAACUUGGCCGAUUAGGACUGUCAACAGCGCUGGUCAGUGACCUUGUUGGUCUUCUGCUGCUUAUUAUUUCAUCUUUGCUGAGGACAGCAGACCAAGAGCCCAACGAAAUCGGAGAUGCUCUAAUAGCGAUGUUUGUUUUCAUUGUUACAGUUGCAUUGGUUCUUAGGCCAGCAUUGAAUCUUCUGGCAAGAAAGAUAAGUGAUAGCCUGAAGGAAUUGUACGUUUACUUCAUCAUUUCACUGUUCCUGGGGUCUGUGUUGCUUUCACAUUUUUUUGGAUUGGCUGUUUUUUACGGGCCCUUUAUUGUUGGUCUAGCUGUUCCAUCUGGACCGCCACUGGGGUCUGCUGUAUUGGAGAAGUUCGAAGCAAUUACUGGUUACAUCCUUACAAUUUUUGUCACAACAUGUGGCAUGAGGGUGGAUUUUGCAAACACUAAAUUUGACAAGAUCCAGCUAAACAUAGCUGCAAUUUCUCUUGGUGUAAUUUCCUUGGCCAAAUUCUUGGUAUGUUAUGUUGGGCAUUCAUUCUUUUGGGAAUCACGAGCAAAACAUAGUGCUGCCUUUGCUUUCAUAAUGUGUGCGAAAGGUGUCGUUGAGUUGGCCUUGUACACUUUCUUGGAUGAUACCGAGGCUAUAAUGGAUGAUGCAUUCAUUUUCAUGGUUGGCACAGUCAUCGUCUUCGGCAGCUUUGUACCAAUUCUUGUGAGAAGGCUAUACAAUCCUACAAAGAGAUAUAGAGGAUGCCUAAAAAGGAACCUCAUAGACUCCGGGCCUAAUUCAGAGCUGCAAAUUAUUUCUUGUAUCCACGCACCCGGAGACGUGAAUGCGGUAAUAAAUCUUCUUGAUCCCUCGUGCAGUGGAGAUUGCCCCAUUGCGGUUACAGUGCUUCACCACAUCAAGCUCGUCGGGCAAUCCACUCCACUCUUCAUUUCCCACCGAAAGGAGAGGGUGAUAGUUUGUGAUUAUUUACAUUCGGUGAAUGUCAUUCGUUUGUUCAACGAAUUUGAGCAAAACAAUAGUGGAUUGGUAUCAGUGAAUGCAGUCACAGCAGUCUCUCCACCGACAUUCAUGUGUGAUGAUAUUUUCACACUGGCAGUAGAGAAGCUCGCAUCUCUUAUAAUACUUCCAUUUCACAUUAGAUGGUGGAAACAAGAUGGUUCGAUUCAAUCAGAGGACCACAACCUAAGGGAGUUGAAUAACAAGGUCCUUGAAAAAGCACCUUGCUCUGUGGGGAUUCUAGUUGAUAGAUACAGUAAUCGGUGGCUAGUCUACAAAGAUGAUGCACCGACAAUAAUUAAAGUUGCUAUGAUCUUCUUGGGAGGUAAUGACGAUAGAGAGGCCUUAACUUUUGCUAUUCGCAUGGCACAAGACACCAGGGUUAAGUUGUGUGUGCUACAUCUCAUUGCGACAAUCGAUGAAGGCCGAGUUAUCCGUGACUUGAACGAAUUUGAAGCAAAACAAGAUAACGUGGCUUUAAAGGAAGCGAAGGAAAAGGAGUACAUCACGUAUAUAAAAGAGGUGGUAGAUGGAGCAACAACAACUUUUUCAAUUAUUAAAUCUAUGGUGCAUGAAUACGAGCUUAUAAUCGUGGGACGAAGAUACAACUUGGAUGACAUUACCCCACAGACAUCUGGUCUAAAACAAUGGUGUGAGUAUCCGGAGCUGGGGCUAAUCGGAGACCUCAUCAUAUCAGAAGACACCAUGGCAGAGUGUUCCUUAUUUGUUGUGCAGCAGGUACGAGAACAAGAAGAAGUGCAACAGCAACAACAAGCGGCCAAGUAA